UGAAAAGUGGUUUGAUUUUAGCCCGAACAACCUUGGCUAGGAUCAACCUAAGUAUAAUAAUUUAUCAGAGGGUGACCUUGUAGCCAUUGAAAAUCUUCGACUAAGAGCAACCAGAUAUUGAGAGACCAUGGGGUUUCCAGAACCCCACAUCCACUCCCCUCAAAGCACUCACACCCACACGGUGAUCUUACUCCACGGUCGAGGGAGCAAUGGCCCCGAAUUCGCCGAAGAGCUCUUCUCUUCCAAGUCCUCCAAGAAUCAAAAUCUAGCCUCUUCUCUCCCUAACUGGCGCUGGGUAUUCCCGACAUCCCGUGACCGAUGGAAUACCCGAUUCGAAGAGGAGAUAUGCGCGUGGUUUGACGCAUACUCCUUGACCGACGUGCAGGAGAGACAAGAGUUGCAAAUCGAGGGCCUGAGAGAGUCAGUCUUACACAUUGUGGAUAUCCUGGAGAACGAGAUCCGACUGCUCGGUGGGAAAGCUAGCCACGUCUAUCUGGGAGGUAUGAGCCAGGGAAUGGCGACCGCGCUGUGCACGUUAUUCUGUGUGACAGGCGCAGGACGCAUUCAGGGACAGCUCGGUGGUUUUUUGGGGUUCUGUGGCUGGUUGCCGUUUGUUCGGCGGGUGGAGGAUUUGGUUCGACAAGCACAGGAAACCAACACCCUCAGACUUUCCGGCGGGGCUCAAACUAAGCGCCUAGUAUCUGAGUACUUUCUUCAUACGAUCUUCGGCAGUCACGACAUGUCGUCGGUAAAGGAGGUCAGUGAUACGUCUAUCCUGUCGACCCCCGUGUUUUUGAGCCACGGAACAGACGACGCGUGGGUGCCUGUGGAGCAGGGUCGACAGGCGGCUCAGAUCUUACAGCAGAGCACGAUCCAGGUUGAAUGGAACGAGUUCAGCGGGGCGGAGGGAGAUGGGCACUGGAUCAAGGAACCUGAGGGCUUCGACCAGAUCCUCCAAUUUGUGGAGAAACAACGCGACCGGAAUCAGACGGAGAGUCAAUAGUUCAGUGCUCCGUACGGAGUAAUGGGUAUA